UGACCGGGCCCGACUGCGCCGUCAUCCCGGCUAUAAGCGCGCGACCUCGGUGCUCCUGGGCCACCGCCGCCAUGCAGCCCCCCAGCCUCCUGCUGCUCGCCCUCGGCCUCCUGGCCGCGUCGGCUACCGCGAUCAUCAGGAUUCCGCUGCACAAGUUCACCUCCAUCCGGCGGACCAUGUCGGAGGCCUGGGGGCCCGUGGAAGACCUGAUUGCUCGAGGCCCCGUGGAGGAGCUGGGAGCUCAGGGCCCCCUGUCCAAGUACUCCCAGGAGACGCCCGUGGGGACCAAGCAGCCCGUGCCCGAGAUUCUGAAAAACUACAUGGAUGCCCAGUACUACGGGGAGAUCGGCAUCGGGACCCCCCCGCAGUGCUUCACCGUCGUCUUCGACACCGGCUCUUCCAACCUGUGGGUCCCCUCCGUCCACUGCAAGCUACUGGACAUCGCCUGCUGGAUACAUCACAAGUACAACAGCAAGAAGUCCAGCACCUAUGUGAAGAACGGCACCACCUUCGACAUCCACUACGGCUCGGGCAGCCUCUCGGGGUACCUGAGCCAGGACACCGUGUCGGUGCCCUGCUCGGCGCCCAGCAGCAUCCACGUGGAGAAGCAGAUCUUCGGGGAGGCCACCAAGCAGCCGGGCGUCACCUUCAUCGCCGCCAAGUUCGACGGCAUCCUGGGCAUGGCGUACCCCCGCAUCUCCGUCAACAACGUGCUGCCCGUCUUCGACAACCUCAUGCAGCAGAAGCUGGUGGAAAAGAACGUGUUCUCCUUCUACCUGAACAGGGACCCGGCCGCGCAGCCCGGGGGUGAGCUGAUGCUGGGCGGCGUGGACCCCAAGUACUACCAGGGCUCCCUGUCCUACCUGAAUGUCACCCGCAAGGCCUACUGGCAGGUGCACAUGGACCAGCUGAACGUGGGCAACGGGCUGACGCUGUGUGAGGGGGGCUGUGAGGCCAUCGUGGACACGGGCACCUCCCUGCUCGUGGGCCCCGUGGACGAAGUGCGGGAGCUGCAGCGGGCCAUCGGGGCGGUGCCCCUCAUCCAGGGCGAGUACAUCAUCCCCUGUGAGAAGGUGUCCGGCCUGCCCCCGGUCACCCUGAAGCUAGGAGGCAGGGACUACACGCUGUCUGCGGAGGACUACACUCUCAAGGUGUCACAGGGCGGCAAGACCAUCUGCCUCAGCGGCUUCAUGGGCAUGGACAUCCCCCCGCCCGCUGGGCCCCUCUGGAUCCUGGGCGAUGUCUUCAUCGGCCGCUACUACACCGUGUUCGACCGCGACAGCAACCGAGUGGGCUUCGCGGAGGCUGCUAAGCUCUAGACGCCCGCGGAGGGGCGGAGCAGACCGCACUGGGGGCAGGCCGGCCCCUCCCCCUGCCCCACACACCCACCAGCCCACGGCCCAGGCUCAAGUCCAGCGCCGUCCCGGGCACGUGUGGACCUCACUCGCAGGGGCUGAAGGCUUUGUGCCUGGUGCCCAGCCGUCCUCGGGACCUCCCCCGGGGCCCCUCCCCCCGACCCGGAGCUGGCACCAGGCACCACCGUCCCCACCUGUCCCUGUGUCCCUGACCACUGAGACGCUGGCCCGCCGAGGCCCCGUGGAUAAGCAGGAAGGAGCUGGCCGCGGGAGAGGAAAGCCAGCUGUGGGGGGCCUGUGGGUCGCCCUGGGGCCCAGUGUUGCCCUGGGGCAGGGGCCGGUGCCUGCUGUCCUCCUGGGGUGGCCAAGCCAGGUCUGCGGUGGGAAUACAGUGUUGUGGCCUGGC